AUGGUUGUCAUUCUUCUUCUCUUGUUUCUAUUAGCUCCUUGUGGAACUUCAUUAAACUUCAAUUUCUCCACCUUCCCAAAUGGCAUCAACACCCUACAUCUUGAGGGAAUUGCUUCCAUCGACGGGGAAUUCCUCCGACUCACCGAAAGCGCUGCUGACGACUCAGAAACCCUAAACGUCGGCCGAGCCACAUACAGCCAACCCUUCCUCCUCCGCGACAACGCCAGGGGAAAACUCGUCGACUUCACCACAAAUUUCACAUUCACCAUCAACUCGCUAAACAAAAAAAACUAUUCAGACGGGCUCGCCUUCUUUUUGGCGCCAAACGGGUCUUCACUCUACAGUGCAAUAGGCAGAGAUGGCUGUCUUGGAUUAUCCCUCAUAUUCCCGCGAACAAACGAGUCCAUUAAUCUGUACCCGUUUGUGGCAGUGGAGUUUGACAUCUUUCAGAAUCCAUUUGAAAAUGUCGACGAUCCCAGGUUCGAUCAUGUUGGUAUUGACGUCAACUCUCUCAAGUCUAAAGUUACCAGGGCUUGGAAUGGUAGCAUUCCACAGGGACGAGUCAACAGUGCUUCGAUUCGUUAUGAUUCUGGGUCGAAAAAUCUUAGCGUUACCUUCACUACUUAUGAAAAUGGUGUCUGGGUGGAGGGGUAUCUUGAUUACAAGGUUGAUCUGAAUGAGAUCUUGCAGGGUUGGGUGAUUGUUGGGUUCUCUGCUACAUCAGGUGAUGGGACUGCUAUCCACAAGAUCAACUCAUGGAGUUUCAAUUCGACAUCGCUGAUUGAUGAGAAUGCAAAAAACAACACACCAGUAGCUCCUGAACACAACUCAGGAAAUGGCAUCAACAUUGGACUUGUGGUUGGGCUGGUUGUUGGUGGGUGUGUUCUUUUG